AUGGUGCACUCGCAUUACACAUUUGAAAUCCGACAGGCCCGUUCACAUUUAUUCUUAAUUCGUCAUCCUCGUCCAGGAUACUUUAAGAAGAGGAGCUGGAAGGAUUGUAAUGAGUUCGAGCAAGAAAUCUCAAAAAUCGAAUCAUUUCCGGAAAUAAUAUCCAGAAUUGAUGAAUAUGUUGCACAACUUAAGGAGGAGGUGGCCUAUCUAAAGAUAGCCAAGGCGAUUGUCGAAGAGAGGGCUAGGAUUCGCUCCAUAAAAAGAGCGGAGGCGCGUAAGGUUUUAGAAAAGCAAACUCUACUCGGGGAGAUGAGGAAGAGGAAGGCUGACGAGGAUCUAUGA